AUGGAAAAUCCAAUUCCAAUUCGUCCAUGGUCUCGCUUGGUCUCUGUAAGACCCCCUCCUGCGCCAAAAACACUUCCCGAAACUACACAUGUAGAAUUUUCUCUCAAAGCAGUUAACACUUCCUCACAUGAUGGCAAUGAAAGUACCACCAAAUCUCCAUCACCAACACCAGAUGUUCACUGUCCAACAAUUCAGUCAGAAAAGCUCAAACUCACUACCCCCACUUCCUUUCCACCGUCCAAACUGAAGGGUCAGCCUCACCUUGAGAAGAAGCCUACUGGAAACGGAUAUGGCAGUGAAUCAUGGAAGAAGGAAUAUGGAGAAACUCAAAAGCAAGGCAUUGACGAAAUGAAAGAGAAAGGUAUUUGGGGUGCUGGGGGCCGUGGCAUCAUUAGGGUCGUAACAACUUCAGGGGAAAGCAAAGGAGCACACAUUCAAAAUAAACCCUUUAACAAGAUGGGAAAUUCCAGUGGUGAGGAAGUGAAUGGAAAAAUGAAGAACAAGAGUGGGAAAUUAACAUCUCCAUUGCGAGUUCUGUAUGCCAACAGCAAUGUGCAGUGUGUCAACAACUCAAUAGUGCUGAACACGAGUUUAACUCACCAUGAUCCAGGAGUGCAUCUUUUUAUCCCAAAGAAGCCAUUUUCUUAA